AUGAAUAAAGCAGAAAUUCAGGAAACACAGAAAACAAGUUUUUCUGUGAAAGUUAAGAAAACCCUGUGGUACAUCUUUGUAGUAUCAGCGGUGGUUGGUUUUAUUUAUCAAAGUUGGAGUUUUAUCAUCAUCUAUCUCCAUUACCAAACUGUUGUAGAUGUGCGGGUUAAUGCUCACGAUGACCUGAUUUUCCCUGCCAUCACCGUGUGUAACAAUAACAGAAUGCGACGAAGUGCAUUCUGUGCUAUGAGGCCAACCAGUGAACCUUGUGUCUCUAAUGGAACAGAAUUAUACCACAAAUGGGCUGAAGACUGGCACGUGCAAGAUUUCUGUAAGAAAGGGAAGAUCUUCUGGUGGCUGGGUCAUAUGCAUGGAAACUUGAUUCACAGUUGCCAAGUGGAACCAAAUAGAAUUGCUAAUGAAAUAUGUGACUGGAAAUUUUCCAGAUUAUCUGAUCCCAAGUACUACAUGUGUUACACGAUCAACGGAGAAUGGGAAAUUGGAGCGCCUAAAAAACCAGUCACAAGUCGGAUGAUUUUAGAAGAUUCUGUAGAAAUGUAUUUCACUCUGGACGUCGAACCACACGAGUAUUUGGUGUACGACAGAGAUCUGGGAGCGAGAGUUGUUAUCCAUGACCCUGAUGUAUUACCAGAUCCUGAAAGCGAGGGGAUCGAUUUAAAGGCUGGGACUUCUUAUCAGAUUGGAAUCCAGCAGACUUCAACUAUCAUGCUUCCACCUCCAUACCAGACCCAGUGUGCACAUGCUCAAGAAAUCACCAGCAAACUGAAUAUCACUUAUGUGAAAGGAAUGUCAAGACAGGUAACUUUUAAAGACGUUUUAAUAGUUAUAAUACAGUUUAAAAAAGUAUUAUAA